AUGCCAGAUGGUAGUUUCAAGACCUUCUUUAGGCCGCAAGAUGCCAACAAUGGCUUUGAUCUCUCUGCUCUGAGACAUACAGAGCAAACAAACGAGGAGGAAACGGUGAUCAUCUGUGUCCUGGGUGGACUAUCGUGUCUGAUGCUGCAACGACCUCGGAUUAUGGAAGAAGAUGCAAUCGCCAUGACAGACACCUCAGAGAUCGUGCAUUUCCUGUUACCAGACACGACGACGUACGGCAGUUUCUGGCACGCAGUUGAGGCUCCUGCAGCCUUGCACCUGUGCAUCCACAGAGAGCUUGGUCGUGUCGGCGCAAAUUGGCAGACCUUAAUGAGGGGUCCGGGAGCCAUGUCCCCACGUUUUAUGCUGGAAUUCUCGGUGCCGGAGCUCAUCUCCCUCUGUGAGAUGAUGGCGCAGAAGCGGCUGCCAUUCGAGUCCUGA